GGAGUUCCUAAAUUCGACAUUCAGUCUCACGCCGUGCUCAGAGUGGUGGCAUCUACUGGGGUUAUCAGCCAGGGCAGAGUUAAGUUUGAGAGUAGCCUACUGCGAUUUGACCAAACCGGAAUGACGGAGCGCAAAACGAGGCAGUAGCCUACGGAACACCAGCACUGACAGAGACCCGUGGGAUUAAAAUCACUUUCCUUUAGUCAGUUGUCAAGCGUUCGACUGCUUGUCUGGACACACAAACCAAGAGUGUAUAUAGAAAUAAACUAGAAGGAGCCAGUUUUACUCUAUGGUCUCGCUGUCAAAAAUUAGCGACUCUUUCGGAGAAACUCUGCUGGUGCCUGAAACGAUAACAGUGGCUGACGGAACGACUUGUGCUUCUAUCUCCAGUGGAUGCUAAACCAUGGAUUAAUCCAGUUUAAGGGGUCAAUUGAUCCAUAUUGCCACUUCAAUUAGACGUCAACGUCAGUCUGUCUGUGAGCAAAUAUAGUAAACCUACCUUGUGUGGAUUGUAUGCUGAUUUGGCAGCAGUGUUCCUCCAAAACUCAAGAUGACUGCAGGAUAUUUGUUAAGGUCAUUGCUGCUGCUCAUUUUAGCGCUCUUCUCCGCAAACGCAAGCAACUGGCUCUACCUGGCCAAGCUGUCGUCGGUGGGCAGCAUCUCGGAUGAGAAGACGUGCGAGAAGCUGCGUGGCCUCAUUCAGCGGCAGGUGCAGAUCUGCAAGCGCAACUUGGAGGUGAUGGACGCCGUGCGACGCGGCGCGCAGAUCGCCAUUGACGAGUGCCAGUUCCAGUUCCGCAACCGCCGCUGGAACUGCUCCACACUGGAGACGGUGCCCGUGUUUGGCAAAGUCGUCACCCAGGGCACGAGAGAGGCUGCAUUUGUGUACGCCAUCUCGGCAGCAAGUGUAGCGUUUGCGGUGACGCGGGCCUGCAGCAGCGGGGAGCUGGAUAAGUGUGGUUGUGACCGUAAUGUUCAUGGCUUCAGUCCCGAGGGGUUCCAGUGGUCUGGCUGCUCUGAUAACAUUGCCUAUGGCGUCGCCUUCUCCCAGUCCUUUGUGGAUGUCAGAGAGAGAGGAAAGGGCCAAUCAUCCAACCGGGCACUCAUGAACCUUCACAACAAUGAAGCCGGGAGGAAGGCCAUCCUGAACAACAUGCGGGUGGAGUGCAAGUGCCACGGGGUGUCGGGCUCCUGCGAGCUCAAAACCUGCUGGAAGGCCAUGCCGCCCUUCCGGAAGGUGGGCAACGUCAUCAAGGAGAAGUUUGACGGCGCAACAGAGGUGGAGCAACGGAAGAUCGGCACCACCAAGGUCCUAGUGCCGCGCAACUCGCAGUUCAAGCCGCACACGGACGAGGACCUGGUCUACCUGGACCCCAGCCCAGACUUCUGCGACUACGACCCGCGCACGCCGGGCAUGCUGGGGACGGCCGGCCGCCACUGCAACAAGACGUCCAAGGCCAUCGAUGGCUGCGAGCUGAUGUGCUGUGGCCGGGGCUUCCACACGGAGGAGGUGGAGGUGGUGGACCGCUGCAGCUGUAAAUUCCACUGGUGCUGCUACGUCAAGUGCAAACAGUGCCGCAAAAUGGUGGAGAUGCAUACCUGCCGGUGAUUCCCCCCCAACCCCCCCACCCCCCGACGUCCCAUCCUACUCCUCCAAGGAGACACAAAUGGACAAGAGGGGAGAAAAAUCCCCCAAGGGAAGUGGGAUGCUCUUCCUAACAUUUUAACAUGUGCUAGAGGAACUUGGCGUUCAAUACAUGGGACACAUUACAAGCAAGAUUUUUGGAAUUGCUUAAGUCCCAGUGAGAGUUCUAUUUUUGUCUCUCUCUCUCCUUUCACACUUUAAAAAAAAUGUGGUCGCUCUCUUAUUUUUGUAUUUUUUUUAACUUAUUUAAGUGUAUUAGAGAGUAAAACCGGAUGUGACAUUAUUCCCAGGGCUGUGGCUUUGGGGCUGGGGUGCCAUUGGAUGGACAUUGACAAAC